AUGGAGCCGCUAUCCGCAUGCGCAGAGUCGGGCCUGUGUGCCCGCCCCCACGCCUACCGGUCCGGCGGAGCUGGCGUCCUGUCUCCUAGCAACGACGCGAGACUGCCAGGGACCGUUCUUCUCAUCCAUCCUUCGGGUCUCUUCAGUUUGCGGCCAGUCAUGCCAGGAGGCGAGCAGGAAGGAACUUGUCUUUUCACAGCUAAGAGUGCUGCCCAGGGUACAGAGGAAGGCGAAGUCUGCAUUACCGAAGCCCUGAUCACCAAGAGGAACUUGACCUUCCCUGAGGAUGAAGACCUGUCAGAAAAGAUAUUUCGUACUCUUGAUGAACUGGAGACUGUCCGCCUGGAUCGUGAAGGGAUUACUUCUAUCAGGAAUUUAGAGUGCCUCCGGAAUAUUCACAGCCUCUACCUGCAGUCGAAUAAGAUCCAGCGAAUUGAGAACUUGGCAUGCAUCACCUCUCUGCGCUUCCUGUCUCUGGCAGGAAACCAAAUCAGGCAGGUGGAAAACCUCCUUGACCUCCAGUACCUCCAGUUUCUGGACCUUUCUGACAACCUGAUAGACGUGCUAAAGCUAGAUGAGCUCCCCCAGAGCCUUCUCAUCCUCAACCUGUGUGGAAACACCUGCACCAACCAAAAUGGCUACAGGAAGAUGGUGAUAGGGGCCCUGCCGCUGCUUUUGGACCUAGACAAGCAGCCUAUAUUGGAGCGCUGGACCUCAGAGGAUGACGACGAUGACCAGGAAUCCUUGGAUGAGGAGGAGGAGGAAUUUCCAGAGCUGAAUGGCCCAUUCUGCACAGAGCGAAGAUUCUUCAAGGACCUGGACCAGGAACUGCAGCAGCAUCACGAGCGAAGGCAUCAGACGGUCCUGGCAGAGCACUUGUCCAGGAUGGAGAUCCAGCCUGUCCUCACCGACCUGCCCCAGCUGCCUGCACUGCCCAUGGCUGGGGACUGCAGCCCUGCUGUCACCACGCAGCCUGAGAAAGAGGCCGCCUCUCAGGCCACCUCCUCCACCCAGACCUCCUCUUCUACCAAGAAACCAGUUCCCAAGAGCCAGAAAAGCUCUGUCCCGCCAAGGAAGGGGGCUCCAGCAGCCACAGCCUCCAAGACCUCUCCGGCUGCAGCCCCCAGCAUGACAAAAACUACAGCCAAAAGGAACAGGAAGUAGUGCACAGCCCCCCCCUCACUUGUGCCAGGAGCCCCACCCCCAAUAAAGUAUCUUUGGGCUUUGGAA